AUAUAUAUCUAUAUAUGUAGACAGAGAAAGAGUGCGAGAAAAUCUCAUAUGCACAAAAUCCAUCUCCCUCUCUCUCUCUUUCUCUGUUGAGUUUCUCUGUAGAUUAUCGAGUCAACUCGGUCUGCGUUUCUUGAAUGUUCAAAUGAGUUUGUGGCCAAUGAGACUUUCACGACUGACAGUCAAAACAAAGCAUGCCAAUCUCUACUACAUAACCUUCGUCACAAUUCUCUGCGCCACCUUUUACUCCAUCGGCUUAUGGCAGCAUUCCUCCGGCCGAAUCCCUACAGCCGCCACCCACAACGCCGUCAUCCCCUGCGCCAAUUACCUUCAAAACGUUACCGUUCCCACCCUUGAUUUCGCGGCCCAUCAUCUCCCCCCAGACCCACCUCUCUCAGCCGCGCGUGUCGUCCAUCUCCCUCCCUGUGAUUCCCACUACACGGAGUACACUCCCUGCGAGGACGUCCAGCGAUCGCUCAAGUUCGAUAGGGACAUGCUAAUUUACAGGGAGAGGCACUGCCCUGAGAAGGAGGAGUUGUUGCGGUGCCGCGUGCCGGCCCCUCAUGGUUAUACGGUGCCGUUUAGGUGGCCGCAGAGCAGAGAGUUGGCAUGGUUCGCCAACGUUCCGCACACGGAGCUGACUGUGGAGAAGAAGAACCAGAACUGGGUCCGGUUUGAGGGGGAUCGGUUCAGGUUCCCCGGGGGAGGCACCAUGUUCCCACGAGGAGCAGACGCUUAUAUCGAGGAAAUUGGGGAGCUCAUCGAUCUAAGAGAUGGCUCGAUAAGGACCGCCAUUGAUACCGGUUGCGGGGUUGCAAGCUGGGGAGGUUAUCUUCUAUCAAGAAACAUAAUAACAAUGUCAUUUGCACCAAGAGACACCCAUGAAGCUCAAGUUCAAUUCGCUCUAGAAAGAGGGGUGCCUGCACUUAUUGGAGUCAUGGCCUCCAUUAGGCUCCCUUACCCUUCAAGAGCCUUCGACAUGGCUCAUUGUUCUCGUUGCCUCAUUCCUUGGGGUCAAUACGAUGGACUUUACUUGAUAGAGGUCGAUAGGGUUUUAAGGCCAGGAGGGUAUUGGAUUCUGUCAGGACCACCCAUAAAUUGGGAGAGCCAUUGGAGAGGGUGGAACAGGACAAGGGAGGAUCUGAAAUCAGAACAGACUGUGAUUGAGAAUGCGGCCAAAAGCCUGUGCUGGAAAAAAUUGGUACAGAAAGGUGAUAUUGCUAUAUGGCAAAAACCCACUAAUCAUAUUCAUUGUAAAGCUAACAGGAGGGUGUUCAAGCAUCCCAAGUUUUGCCAUCAACAGGAUCCUGACAUGGCUUGGUACACCAAAUUGGAGCCAUGUCUAACUCCAUUGCCAGCAGUGUUGGAUAUAAGGGAGGUUGCAGGGGAGAAGUUAGAAAAAUGGCCAGAGAGAUUGAACGCCAUACCUCCAAGAAUCAAUAGUGGAAGUGUGAAGGGAAUCAAUGAAGAAAUAUUUGUAGAGAACACAGAGUUGUGGAGGAAAAGAGUUUCUUACUACAAGUCGGUGGAUUAUCAAUUGUCUGAAACUGGAAGGUACCGUAACUUGCUGGACAUGAAUGCUCAUUUGGGAGGAUUUGCUGCAGCGCUUGCCGAUGAUCCUGUAUGGGUUAUGAACAUUGUCCCCGUCCAUGCAAAUGUCAACACUCUUGGUGUCAUCUAUGAACGCGGCCUUAUUGGAACUUAUCAGAAUUGGUGUGAGGCAAUGUCUACAUACCCUCGGACGUAUGAUUUCAUACAUGCAGACUCAGUUUUCAGCCUAUACAAGGAAAGAUGUGAAAUGGAAGACAUAUUGCUAGAAAUGGAUAGAAUUCUCCGGCCGUCCGGCGGUGUAAUAAUCAGAGACGAUGUAGAUGUGUUGUUGAAGGUGAAGAGCAUCACAGAAGCAAUGCAAUGGGAAGGUCGAAUUGCAGAUCAUGAAAAGGGACCUCACCAGCGGGAGAAAAUUCUCUUCGCAGUCAAGCAGUAUUGGACUGCACCAGCCCCCGACCAAAGUCAUCUGCAACAGACUGUUACAGCCUCCUAACUCUCAUUUUCUUUUUAUUUUGGUGUUUUCUUCUCUUUAUCAUCAUUAUAGUCAUAAUUGAAUCAAAUUGAAUUUUUUGCAAAGCACCUGUUUUUUGGUCGGUUUUACUCUA